GCCUUUAAGCAGCGCGUGCGUGAAGGCGGCAGCGGAGCUGGAGCUGGAGCUAGAGCUGGAGCUGGAAUCUCGCGCUGGUUGGGCUCCGGAGCCCAAACGUUCUGCAGUUGUUACGUCCCCUUUGGCUCCCCACCCCCUCCAUCCUCCGCCUUCCUACUUUUGCUUCCCGACUCCCUCCCUCGCCCCCCCCUCCCGCCCUCAGGCCCCUCCUCCACCUCAGCUCCCGACCCCGCCCUCCCGGCUUUUCUUGCGAAAGGCUCUUCCCCGCCCCCCAGCCCAGUACUGCUCAGCUGGGGCAGUGACGCGGCCACCUCCGCCGCCUUCCUUUCUCUGAGCCCAGCGACAGGCUCCCCUCCCCCUUCCCCUCCCCCUCGCGCUCCCGCCCCUCCCCCUCCUCCCCGCAGCUUUUGCCUGCGCGAGACGGACCGACAAGGACACGCGGGGCCUGGCGGCUGAGACUGGGCAGCGGGGCCCGCGGAGGUGGCGGCGGGCGGACCGGCGGGCUGGCAGGCAGCCUGGGCCAGCCGACGUCUGGCCGGAGGGCGCCGCGCCUGCUCUUUGCCCCGGAGCUCCUGGGGCUUCCCACAGUUUCAAGGUGAAAGAGAGGAUAAGGUGGUAGCCACGCAUGCACCUAAAUACAUGUACAUGUGGAUCUGUACCUGGCUGGCUCGUGGUUUUUUCCCCCUUUUUCUUUCAAACUUGGACGGAUAAAAGAUGUGCUAUGGCAGGAUAACACCAAAGAGCAGCUCAGCCUCACCAUUUGCCUCCUUAAGACAUGGAUUAUUUCUUCCAUUCAUGAUUAUUAGCACUUUCCUUGGAAAUGGACUUGCUUCAGUGUGUCCUCGACCACCAGAACCAGAAAAUGGUGGCUUCAUCUGCCACCCAACCCCCUGUAAAGAUCCCUUGGCAUCAGGCAGUGUCAUUGAGUACCUGUGUGAUGAAGGCUACAUGCUGAAGGGUGAUUACAAAUACCUGACAUGUAAAGAUGGGGAAUGGAACCCAGCCAUGGAGGUCAGCUGCCACCACAGCCAAGAAAAAGACCUUCACACAACGAUUGGUGUGCCUACCCUGUCGAUAGUGGCCUCCACAGCAAGCUCAGUAGCACUCAUCCUUCUCUUAGUUGUGCUCUUCGUUUUGUUGCAGCCAAAAUUGAAGUCCUUCCAUCAUAGCAGACGUGACCAAGGAGUAUCUGGUGACCAGAUCUCCAUAAUGGUGGAUGGUGUUCAGGUGGCCUUACCAUCAUAUGAAGAAGCGGUGUAUGGCAGUUCUGGGAAUUCUGUGCUGCCUUCUAACUCCCGAGUACAAAUUGUACUGUCUGAAGGGUCUGGGCCAAGCAGUGCAAGGGAAGUGCAGCAACAUGACCAGGGAGGACGUGUCUGCUCUUCCUCAGGAGGAGAGGAGGAUGCCCCAGGACACUCUGGCCUGGGCAAUGCCCGAAGUACCCAUCGCUCAGAGACUGUGAUGGUGCACCAGGCCACCACUUCCUCCUGGGUGGCUGGCAUGGGAAAUGGCCAUCCAGUACACAAAGACGCUCCAGACUCAGAAAAUAGUGACAUACAAAGCCUUUUAUCUCUCACUUCUGAGGAAUAUACAGAUGAUAUCCCAUUGUUGAAAGAAGCAUGAAGUUUGCUGCUGUCUUCAUGUGGCCUCCUUCCCCUUUACGUUGUUCUUUCCUGCCCUCUCCUCAUUUACCCUUGGGUUUUGAGCACUCUGUGCAGCCUCCACCCCACCACCCCCAUCCUGAUGACGAUAGGAGCAGCACCCCAAGGUCCCUCCUGGCCAAACAUCCAAAGGACGCCAAACAGGGCUGGUCCCAUGCUUGGCCUCUCCUGCCUCUCUUUGUUUGGAACUUAUUUGAGUAAGCUGAGAUUGAACUCUUCCUUCCUCCCCCAAGACCUCUUCAGCCCUCCCUCAGCCAGCUGUUUGGCAGCAGCCUCCAGAGGUCAUAGCGUGGCUGUAUUUACUUGUGCCUUCCCCAAGCCCCCAGGCCUGUUGGCUCGACACUGGCCUGAGUGGUUGCGCCGUUGCUGCUAUUGCUGCACAGGAUGCAAAAGGUCUGUGGGGCCAGUGCCCCUUGGAAUCUGAUGCCCCCUUCAUUAGUACUGGCAGCAGUAAAUCCAAGGUUGAGAGCUUUCUGGUGAGGAAAGAGCAGGGGUGAUUAUUUGGGGGGAUUGAAGGUGGAGGAAGAUGGGUAUUAACCUCCCAUGGCUGCCUUACAGUGAGCAGCUAUAUCCUUAAGAUGACAUGUGUAUGACUUCUUUAACUAUUCAAUAGAGGGAUUAUGGAGAAUCAUGUCAGUUUUCAGCAGUUCUGUGUUGAUCAUCCCAGGGGCCAGGAAUAUUGGCCCCUCUUUAAUUUAUAUUUUUCGGGGAUACAUGUGAGGGAUCUAAAAGGGGAGGAAGAAGGUGGAGGCAGCUGUGUUAUAUAUGCAAGAUCCUACUUAACUGGUCCUGGCUUUUCUCAGCUAUGACCUUUAUCUCUCCCCCAUUCCCUUGAGUUUAAAGGAAAGCAACAUGUGGCCUCAUGGGUUUUUUCUUUUUCCCAUGCCACUGUGGCAGAGGUGGCUCAUCUGUAGAAAGAGGAAGAGAAGUCAGAAACCAUCUAGUACCUAUCAUUUCCUCCCCUGUACACGCUGGUUUUCCCAGGCUUGCAACUAGCAUUUUGGGCAAGUUGCAUCUUUCUGGGUGUGUAGUGAUAUAAUGGAUCUGGAGGAGCUGAUGUGCUCCCCCUGCCCCCCAGACACAGUGCCUUGGGUGUGGCUGCAGGCAGCCCAAGCCCUGGGUCCUGAGCAUUCCUGUCAACACAGUCACGUGCCUUAGUAACUGUGCCCAAGAAGCACCCUGCUACUUAGUGCUGCUGCUUUUCCCCCUUCACCCUUUCCUCUCCCUUCCCUCUCUCCUUUGUCACAGCUGACAAAUUACUUUCUUGUCUUCCUUGGAGCUCAGGAAGAAGGGCUAAGAAAGAGCCUGAGUUACCACCCUUACUCCAGUAACUGGACUGCCUCACUGGGGGGUGAACAGUUGCUAAGCAACUCUGCUACUGAGGCAGUUAGGUUGAGGAAUGGAGAGGGAAGGGCAUUCUAGAAGAGCCAUGCAUGUUAGGGGAGCAGGCACCAUUCUCCAGAGCUAUUGGUUUCCUAAAGAAAAGGCCAGAAUUCAGGCAUUUAGGCUCUUCAUAGGUUGCAUGGCAGAGCCUCCCAUACUCAGUUUCCAUGAUGAUGUGCAAUUCAAUGAUACUCUUCAUUUGACCAUUGUGAGAGCUGAGAAGGACACUGGAGAAGAGGGACCAAGGCUUGGGCAUGUUUUAGAAGCACUGAGGCAGAAGACUUAGAAGAUAACCCAAUUUGAUUCUUCUCCUCCAGCUUCCUUGGCAAAGGAGUAGUAAUAAUAACUUCCAACUAUACUAUAUAACCUGCUUGGCAAAGCUUUUGGAGACUACCUCCAGCUGUCUUAGACAAUAGGCUAAGUGACCACAAAGAACAACUAGAAGGAGAAGCUUCUCUCAAACAGCGGUGUGGCUUCUUCCAUCCUUACACACUGCACUUUAUUGCACUGUUAUCUCUUUGUCCCAGCAACAAAAAGCAGUAUCUCUUUCUCCUAGAGUAAUAAUAAUAGCUGACACAUUUAUAUGGCGCUUUAAGGUUUGCAAAGUGCUUUGUAAGGGAAGUACCUGUUAAGCUCCAUUAUUUACUUUCUCCUCUCUGCCUUCCACCACCAUAUCCAUAUAACUCUCACCCAAAGCCUGGGCACUAUGUUAUUUGCCAGGAAUUUAGGGGAGAAACCCAAUAGGAGACUUCCCAAAGCAAGCACUGCUGCUUCUAAUUGAACUUAAAGCCAGGAGAAGGCUUCCUGCGAUGAAGCCAAAUGGAUAUUGAGUGAGCCCCUGGUUCCACAGCCACUGUUAGUAUAUAGGACCACAGAUACCUUCUGGUCCCAGGUUGGGGGGUGGGAGGGGAGGGUGGAUAUCCCUAAUGCUUGCUGCUGCCCAGCCACAAGGGAGGGAGGCCAAGCCCUUCCUUUCAGUCUUCCUAAAAAGGUGAAAAAUAGAAAUAAUCCCACCUCCCUGCUGAGACUUCAAUUUGUGUUUUCCAGUGUUUGAAUAUUUGCAUGUACCUUAUGUCCCAGGAUUCCAAAAAAAGAAGCUCUUACCAUGUUUGUUUGUCUGAGUGAGCCUCUCCUCAGAGAACAUACUCCAAAACCCUAUGCUUACCUAGCAACAUAUGGACUAUUUGCUGGCCCUUUAAAAGGAACAAAAGAGAAGCUUCUUCAUUUCUGAAACUCCCUUCCACUGUUCUUGCUCAGACACAGCAGCCUGCCCAGGGGACUGACUGCAUGCCCAGACAAGCUGCCAAAUUAGGAGGGAAAAGGAAAAAGUGAGGAGAAUAAGUUUAUGGGUCCUUUUCCCCCACCUGCUUUAAGGAAUCUGAAAUAAAGGCAGGGCUGUUGAAAAACAUGUAUUGGAUUAAGUUAGACCUCUUUGGUUAAACAGCCCAUCCUCUCUGUGCUGGACUUAAGGCUACACAUUAGCUGCUAAUAACCAGAAGCUUCAAAUAAAAGAAUUCUCUCCCUCCUUCCUCCAGAACAACCUUUUAAUGAAUCCUUGUUAGGAAAACACCCUGCAUCCAUCCACUCAAUACUGUUUUCAGGGCUCAUGGGCUUUAAGUUUGACAACUGCAAAGGGAUUCAGGGAGUUUCACAGCUGUUUUGAGGUGGGUCCUGGCUCACAGACAAAGGCAUGUUCUAUUGGAUAGAGCAAGCAGGCUGUUGGUUGGUGGUCCCUAGGAAAAAAAGGUACCCAAAGGAACUUCUUUGGAUGGGAAUGAGAAAUACUACUUGACAAAACAAACCAUUGUAGGGUAAACUGAGCAAAAAAAAAUUUGUCAGUUUGUUAGGUCUUAGGAAGGUAAUGGUCAGCGCCAAAGGACUAAUUUUUUUUUUUUUGCACAAAAAAUAUUCUGUCUGCCUCAGUGCAAGUUUUAUAUCCUGUUGACUUGCACCAUCAUAAUUACUUCAAAGAGAACUAGUAUAAGGUGAAAACUCCUUUUAAAGUAAUACCUGUUCCUUGCAAUGCCUUAGUUUAACAUUUUGCCAUCUCUGCAGUUUGUUUACUCCCCCCACCUCCCAUUGCACCUGGUAUAAACUUGAUCAUUUAGGUGCUGUGCUGUCCAUUCCCCCUAGUUCUUCUGAUUUGGGGUUCUAGCACUGCCCAGGAAAGCUUUGAUCUAAUUCCUUUUCCUAUUAAGUAGAUUUUAUUAGAUACAGUAUCUCACUGUACAUUCUGUAAGCCUUCUUUUAAAAAGCAAAAUUAAACUAAUAUCCUGAUCGGCCCCCAUCCUUCCGAUCCAUCCAUUUGUUUCCUUACUCAUUCUAAUAAGCUCUAAUGAGAAGCUACCUAGCAAGACAAAGAUAUUGUUUUCCUGCUUUCAUUUCCAAGAAUAUAAGAACAGCAAUCCAGUCAUCCUUUCGCGCAUCCUAGCCUAACUUUCAAGUUCUUUGCUUGCAUACCUCUGCUUACUCCAUUCUUAGGAAAGCAUGUGAGCACAGAGAAUAGAAUAUGCUGUUAAAAUGUUUGUCUUGGCUUUAAAAAAAAAAGAAAAAGACCUACAAGCUCCACAGUUAGAUUCCAGAUGUGGGUCAGGGGUGGCAGAACUGCCUUUCCCAUACAGAUCACUUGGCUUCCUUUUCAUCAGAUUUACUCUGUCUAUUGCCAGGAGAGAAAUCAAAUCAUUUUUCUGCUCUGAACAAAGGUUAUGGUUGAGCACUGUACCUGAUAGCUUCCAUGAAACGGGGGAAAGAAUGGAUUGGACUUUACUGAGAAGUGAUGCCUGUUUUAUUUUCAGCUUAAUCUUGAAGUUUUCAAAUGAAAGCCCCAAGGCUCUGAGCACUCUGCCAAGCAGAGGAGAAAAGAGUCCAGGAGGAUCAGUGUGGGAGCUGAGUUAUCAGACUGCCACUGAGGGAAGAAAUCAGUAGUUAAGCCAGGAAGAGUUUGGUGGCCUUCCACACAUUUCUUCAGUUUUUAUCCAAGUUGCACCACUAUGGAAUACUUUGCAGAAUGGUACUCAUAUAUAAUGUGGGACUUAAAACAACAGAUAUAAUGAUGCUGUGCAGGAUAUCAAUCAUUUUUAUUUUGCUUUAUUUUAUAAACAUACAUGUAUCCUGUACAUUGAAGUGGGUGUGAAGAUAGUAUUUUAAUAUUUGUACAAAGUUUAAUUUAAUUUUAAUUGUUCUAUGUAUAUAACUGCAUUUCUAAAUAAUAAUAAUAAUAAAAGCAAGUUAUUUUAAAAUGA